AUGGACGACCUCUCCACCGGGUCGGAGAGCGACUACUCCAACUCAUGGAUCUCGUGGUUCCUCUCGACCAAGGGCAAUGAGUACUUUGCCGAGGUUGACGAGGACUACAUCCUCGACAGGUUCAACCUCACGGGCCUCAACGGCGAGGUCGUGCAGGAGUACCAGCGCGCCCUCGACUUGAUUACCGACUCUCUUGACGACGAGGCCCUCGACGACGACACACGCGAGGCGGUCGAGACCAGUGCGCGGUUCCUGUACGGCCUCAUCCACGCACGCUACAUUGUCACUUCGCGCGGUCUGCAGAAGAUGCUCGACAAGUACCGCAAGGGCGACUUUGGCCGCUGCCCGCGUGUCUACUGCUACUCGCAGCCCUUGCUGCCCGUGGGCCUGACGGACAUUCCGUACCAAAAGGCCGUCAAGCUCUACUGCCCCCGCUGCGAGGACAUUUACUCGCCCAAAUCCAACCGACAUGGCUCGAUUGACGGCGCCUACUUUGGCACCACGUUUCCACACAUGCUGUUCAUGGCGUACCCGCAGAUGAUCCCCUCAAAGGGCCAGCCGUCUGCCAGCGACCGCGAGACGCGGCGCGAGCCCGCCGGCGUCGGCGCGCUCAACACCGCCACGGCGGCGAUCAAGGCGGAGCGAUACGAGCCCAAGAUCUUUGGGUUCCGCGCACACGAAGAGGCCGAGCUGGCGCGCUGGAGGCAGGCAAGGCGCGAUGCCCAGAUCGCCCGUCUCGAGGCGCUCGACAACCCCAACAACUUGUAA